AUCUUGAAGUAAGGCUAGAUAUGUUUCGUAAACAUUACUUCAGCUGAACGAAUUUAUUUUGCUUCUUAAUCUUUGCAUUUUUUUAUGCUAUUUACUUAAUCCCAAGGUUACCAUCUUUAGUUAAGUGUUGUAUUAUACUGAAAGGUAGCCCUGCAUACAGCUUGAUAAAAUGGCCGAUAACAAGAGACAGAGAGCAAGAAUACAAGGAUCAUGGGCUGCCCCACCAUCCAAAGGAAAGGCCAGAGGUAGGCCUACUGGUCCAGGCCCUGGAUCAAAGCCUCCAUCUAGACCAGGUCCCAACCCCAAUGCAGUGUCCAUGACAAGUAAGACCCCAGAGACUACAACAUCUCCUACAACAAAGGGCCAAUCAGAUUGUCUGCCGCAGACACUGACAUUUACAGAGACAGGUCCGAUAAGAAGAAUUCCUGAACCAAAGGAGAUUGUGAAAGAUGGGUCUUAUGUGAUCAGUGUGGAACCUGGAGGGGAGGCUAGGAUUACUCUAACAAGGGAUUUUUUGCUGCCUGAAGAAGCCGAUUAUGUGUUUGCUACGCUACGAGAUGAGAUCCCCUGGGCUCAGAAACAGAACUGCAUACAAGGACAAACAUUUGAUGAGCCAAGGCUAACAUGCUGGUUUGGGGAAUACCCCUAUGCUUACACCAAAGUCAGAUGGGAAAAAAAUACAGAUUGGAAUGAAACUUUGCUUUAUGUGAAAAGUCGUAUCGAAGAGAAGACCGGACAAACCUUCAACAGCUGCCUUCUGAACUACUACCGUAGUGGCAAAGACCACGUCUCCUGGCAUAGCGAUGAUGAGCCCUCGCUUGGGUCGAAACCUGCAAUCGCCUCCGUCUCCCUCGGUGACUCAAGGACGUUUGAGAUGAGGAAAAAGCCUCCUCCUGAAGAGAAUGGAGACUAUACGUACACAGAGAAACUUAAGAUUCCGCUCACACAUGGCAGUUUACUCAUGAUGGAAGGAGCUUCUCAGGAUGAUUGGCAGCAUCAGAUACCGCGAGAAUAUCAUGACAGGGAUGCGAGGAUCAAUUUAACGUUCAGAACAAUAUUCCCAGAAUGAAGUAUAUCAACCAAACCGUCAUCACUUCUCAACUAACUCUGAAGCUGAGCCGAGAUAUUUUCACAAGGAUUAAUCUAAUGUUCAGACUGAUUUUUCCAGAAUAGAUAAGAUACCAAAUAACCAAAUUAGAUUACAACCAACCAACGGAUCAUCACAUCUUGACUAACUCUGUAACUGGGCCGAGAUCUAAGGAUUAAUCUUAAGUUCAGAACAAUAUACCCAGAAUGAAGUGUAUCAACCAACCAAUCGACCGGUCAUCACAUCUCAACCAACUCUAAAGCUAAGCCGGGAUAUAAGGAUUAAUCCAACACUCAGAACAAUCUACCCUGAGUGAAGUACAUCAAUCAACCAGUCAACGCAUCAAUAGCUGACAUUGAACCUUUGCCAAGAUGUAAUGAGUAAUUGAAUGUUUAGUACAAUCUACCCAGAAUCAAGUUGAUAUCAACUAACCAACCAACCAACAGAAUGAAUGGAUCAUCACAUCUUGACUAACUCUGUAACUGGGCCGAGAUGUAGAAGAAAUCUGACGUUUAGUACAAUCUACCCAGAGUGAUGUUGAUAUGAACCCACCAACCAACCAACUAAAUGUCAUCACAUCUUAGCUAAUCAUGGACCAAAGCUGAAAUGUAAGGAGAAAACUUAAGUUCAGAACAUUCUACCUAGAAUGAAGUAGAUAUUAACCAACCAAUCACUCAAACCAUCUUUAUAAUAGCUAACAUUGAAACACUGCAGAUUGACCGAGAUGUGAGGAUUAAUCGAACAUUUACUUAGAACACUCGAACACUCUACUUAGAUUGAAGUAGAUAUGAACAAGGUACGUUUAGAACAGUUCUAACAAGCCCAUGGCAUAGCCGCUGGCAUGUGGACUAUUUCAAAACUGGGGGCAACUAUUCUAAUGCCUGCGCAGAAUGAUGUGUAUUACAUUUAUGUUCUAUAAAAUAGUCUGUGGGUCCUUGUCAUUUGACAAACCGUCCUCAAAACCAUGACCAGUCAAUAGAGCUAGUCAUUAGUACCAGUUGUUAGAACAUUUUCCUAUUAGCUGAAAUAAUGGACUGGUCACAUGAUGCAUUUCAGCCAAUCAUUUGUUUAGGAUCCAUAUCACCAUUAUAUAACACAAAUCUGGGAAUUGAUAAAUGCAUUGGAUGAUGUGAGUUGUGUUUAGUUUGCAACAUGGCCUAGAGCAUCGUCCCACAAUGCUAAGUGAUCGUUAUAAUAAUUAUGAUUAAUUCAAUUGAUCAUAAUGUGCAAUCAAUACUACAUCUCAACUGUGCAAUCGCUAAGGUUUGUGGGAACCCCAAAUUCCAUUCCUGGGUUGUCUAACAUGAAUGGAUAUGAUUAAUAUUUAUAAUUGAUUGUCACUUUGCAUAAAUAGUUUCCAAUAGACCUACAGUUCUGCUGAAAUGUAUAACUCUGGGAAAUAUUACACGGGGGGGGGGGGGGGGGGGAGAGCCCUGGAAAAUGAAAAACUUCCUUAUUCAUCGCAAUGUUAAGCUUAUCCAAUGUUGCAGAUGUAGGCAGUUGGUUGUGAAAGUUAGCCCCUGAAAAUGAAAUUUGAAAAAUCUUUUUUUAUCUUAUCUUAUCUUCUGUGUUACAGGGCUCUAUCCUUACAUCAUGUAAUAAAUAAUGUAUCAUAUUUUUCUUUAAAAAAAAAAUUGUUUUGGGGGCACUUUUCCUGACUCGGACCACAGCCAAUGGCCUAGAACGUCUAAUUUUCAUUUUAUCUACUUUUUAAUUUUGCACUUUAUUAAAUGAAAAUUGGGUUCAUAAACAGUUCAUCUGAUUACAUAGUCAAAGAGUUGUUAGGCCCAGUUUGUUAUAGAUGACAUGGAUGUAGACAAAAUGGUAAAAUUGGCUAUGUGGCAAUUAGACCAAAAUUGAGAAGAUGAACAGGUUGUAGACAAACUGUGAUUAGACCAUGUUUGUUUGGACCAAAUGGAAAUUAGACAAAAUAGGUGUAGGCCAAGUGCCAUUUUACCAGAUUUAGCAUGUGACAUUGUCUUGUACUAUGUGAUUUUAUGGAACAUCAUAUUGAAGUUAUUCUAAUAUUACAGCUUGUUAUAAUUUUGAUUGUAUAUAUUAUACAUACAGUACCUGCCAGCUGUCUAUUUAAUAUGGACAUUUCAAUUUUUGUAUUACUGCAAGUCACUUCCAUUAUUAUAUGCCUAUUGUGUGAAAAAUCUGUCUACUAAGUUAUAUGUAGGGGUGUCGUGGUUAUGACUCUCAUCUGUCAAUCAGAGGGACGUGGGUUUUUUUCCCAGCCAUGGCAUGUUUUCCUUUGCAAGAAAUUUGCCUAUAUUGUGCUGCACUCAACCCAGGUGAGGUGAAUGGGUACCCAGCAAGAUAAAUUCCUUGAAAUGCACGGAGUGCUGGAAGGCAGUUCGAGGUAAAGCUGUGGCUUGUGCUGGUCGAUAUUUGAUUUCAGUAUCAAUUGAUUAAUGCUUGCAAAAUAUCGCUGGUAACAUGAUAUAUUCCAGAGUCUGAAAAUUCAUUAUUUACGUUCAUUAGCUGCACUGUUGUGAGAGCAAGAAAGGGGAUUAAAAGUAACACUUUCAUCCGUGCUUUCCAUAAAGAGCGGGCAUUUGGGUAUUGAGUUGAUUUAAAGCUGUACAGAGUAUUUGUGGUCAAUAAAUAAUAACAAUAUCGGUAUAUUUACCCAGGGUAGCCACUUCAGUUCCAAAACUGUUCUGCCAGCAGGCCCUGCUAUUAUUACCCUGGCUAAGCUAGGCUUCCUAUUCAGGUGCACACAGCUUUUUGAGGAAUUACUUCCUGCCGGUAGCCAUUUACCUCACCUGGGUCGAGUGCAGCACACUGUGGAUGAAUUCCUUGCUGAAGGAAACUACGCCAUGGCUGGGAUUCGAACCCACGACCCUCUGUUUCAAAGUCCGGAGACUAAUCCACUGGGACACGACCCUCCACGUCAUGAUUAACUUUUCAUAAUCAACAAUAGGCAGAUCGUAAUACCAUGAUAUAUUAACAUAAUCAAAUACAGAUAGAUGGCGCUUUAUAAAUGGGAAACUCUGCCAUGUCCCUAUUUCCAGCCUCUGUCUUCCACUUUGUCCCACUUUCUUAGGCUUCAGUGUUGUAUUAUGUAAUGAGGUUAAUAUUUCUCAUUAAUAUAUCUCAUUUUUAAAAUUAAGCAUUGAUAUUCUUCAUUGUAGUAAUGAUUGCUUAACUUAAUAUGAUAUGAAACAUUUUAUGUAGUUAUUUUUAUUCAAAGUUGAUGAAUGCAAUUGUUGGAAGAGCCAGUAUGAAUUAUUUAUGAAUUAAAUACUGAAAUUAUUUUUUUUUA